CCUCAAAAUGAACGUAAAGAUCCUCCAAAGGGCAUUUUCCACUUUUGACUACACAAACACACAUGAUACUGCAUUCCUUGAUUUAGCCGCCAAAAUUGAACAGAUUUAUACCUAAAAUUCAGACUCUCUACGGACCAAAAAUCAGUCAGAACGAGCACCAGAUAUUCAAAGACUGGAUCUACAAAUUAUGCGAAGGAGUCAGUAAUAGCGACUUGAUCCGUGAAAUCAGAAACCACAUCAUUAAGCAAAUUCAUGACUUCCUGGCUAAAUAGCAGAACUAGGGGCCAAUAUCAUUAUCAUAAGAAUUUCUCUCUUCUACCAAAGGUUCUAAAGAAAAUUGGAUCUCCAACAGAAAGUCUCUAUGAUACCUGUGUGAAUUACUUCUUCAGUCCUUCAUUUAAAGCAGCUGAAGGCGUUUCAAGUCCAAAGGAGGAUUCUAUCGCUAAGAAAAAAGAUAUCGAGCAAUCUAGACCCUCCUCAAGACUUGCCUCUGGGAAGACUACCAGAGUCAAAGGCUGUACCCACAAAAGUAGAGAGCCGAAGCCAAAAGAUUCCGUACAGCAACGAUUAUAUAGCACUAAAACUUACCGUGUUUAUUCCAAAAAUUUCCGCAACCCUCAAAAGUCUAGUUUGAAGAAGAGCAGCAAAGCCAAGAAAUAAGGCCACAAAGAGCAGGAAUAAUACUAAAGUCAAGAAAUACCCAAGCACAAGAGUUGAUAGGAGUAUCUUCCACUCAAAAUCCAGGGAGAUACUUGAGAAGAACUCAAGUUUAAGUACAAUCCUUUUCUCUGAAAACGACCAGAUUACAAAUCAUAACCCUGCUAAGCAGGAUAUUUCAAGGUAUUUUUCCAAGCCGAUGCUUGUGCCACAAAUCAGUCAGGUGUCCUUAUCAAGCAUUGGGUAUCCUGAUAGUUACGAUAAGGAGAAUGUAAACUCAUCAAAUAUCGGCAAAUAUGCUAAAAUUAAGAGCAAUAUUAGCCAAAGAAAGCAGUCAUACAAUUCUUUACUUGAAAAAUAAGUCCAGAAAUCCUUGUAAAGCUACUAUGAGUCAGACCAAUACUCCGCAUUCUAAUGAUACUGCAAAGAAUUCAGAGCAUUUCAGUAAAAUUCUGAACAAAUUUCAAAAUGUUUUUAAAAAGGAGGAAACUGAGGCAAGAGAGAGCAAGAUCAAAUCCAGCCACAGUAAGAGAAGCUUCCUUAAAGACAACAACUAUAUCUGGAAAAGGUAUGAAAGCAGCAAAAAUGUGACCAGGAAUAACUUCAAUCAGGCUCCUAAUUACCUAUCACAAGGGUGAAUGCCAGUUAAGUGAGUCUAUGAGGACUAUCAAAGCAACAAGCCUGUCAAGGCCCAAAUCAAGCCAGAAAAAUUAGAUAAUUUUAUGGAAAAAUACGUACCAAGUACAGAUAUUCACCCAGAAAAGGUCAAAUUCUUACAAAAUUAUGACAGGAAUGACCUUAGAGAAAAAGAGUCUUUAAGACCUAGGGGUGACCAGAAUUGUCCAGAUGACUCAAAAGAAUCUUAUAACACCUCUUCUAACAACACGGUUUACCUCGACCUGUACUCAAAGGACCUUGACCAUCAGAGGCCUCAGAAGGCUUAUAAAGACAAUAUCCCAGCUGUGAUUCCUGACUCUCAAAGUCUCAAAUGGGACAAGUUCAAAAGAAUCGAAGAAGAAAUCAACAGAUUUCAGGAACAAAUUGAUAAAAUGGAAAAAAUUCGAGCAUUUGGCAGGAAAAGGCUUGAAUAUCACAAGAUGAAGCAUGAUGAGUCACUGUCAAUUAGCACAAUCAGGAUGGAUACUCCUCCUAGCAGGGACACUAAUAAGCCACGUUGCUUAUAACUUUAUGAGGAAAUAUUUCUAUGAUAUUAAUAACCGCCUGAUUU